GCUGCUUUGUUUCAUCUCUCUCAGAUAACUAGUACGGAUUAUAGUAAAUUAUAAGCUUAUAUAUUAAUCAUAAGCUAAGCUUAAUUGCUUUUAAAUUUUGAGACCAGCUGAAGAAACAGAAAAAAUGAAAGCAGCAGCCUCUUCCGGUUCAUCAUCAUCAUCAAUGGCGCAGCCCCACGUGCUAGCUGUGGAUGACAGUCCAUCAGAACGCAAGCUCAUUGAGAGGAUUUUUCAAGCCUCUUCCAUUAAAGUGACCGUCGCUGAUAGUGGACCGCGGGCACUCGAAUUGCUGGAUAAUAUGGAGCGUAAGGUGGACUUAAUCGUGACUGACUAUUGCAUGCCGGAGAUGACUGGCUACCAACUGCUUCAGAAAGUCAAGGAAUCUCCUAAGCUGAAGGAAAUACCAGUUGUGAUACUAUCAUCAGAGAAUCUUCCUAGUCGAGUCAAUGAGUAAUUCAAAAAUUCCUUUUGUACUGAUGGGUACAAAAACGUGUACACCAAGAAUGGUUGAUGAGUGCUUGGAAGGAGGAGCUAAAGAUUUCCUGUUUAAGCCUUUCCAGAGAUCUGAUGUUGAGAAAGUAAUGACUUACUUAAAGUAAAUCAGCCCUGCCCAAAUAUGUGGUACAACAGAGAUGGAGAGUAGAAUUAAUCAAGACAUAUAGAUUUAACUACGUAUUGACUGUACUGGAGAAUACUUGUUUAACCUCUAGAUAUGAUCUCGAUCUUUAUGACUUUACCUUAUGUAACACUUUAACCCCUAAUGUAUCACCCAAAAGUGUUACAAUAUUACUGGAAAGUGUUACAUUACAGAAAAUGUAACACUUUUUUACCAUUACAUUCGCUCAUGUUGCAUUAGACCUAUUGUAACACUUUAUAUAUAGUCCC